AUGGCCGAUAAGCAAUAUGUGGAAAGUCCUUUAGUGAAGGACUCCACACCUUUGGCUACUAAAUCGUUUUCGAUGAGGCCAUAUGUCUUGCCUUUCAUUCCGUUGUAUGCAACCUUCCUCCAUAUCUACUACACUCAGUAUGAUGUGUACAUCAAGGGUCCUGAAUGGACAUUUGUUUUCCUUGGAACUCUAGUUUCUUUGAACGCUUUAAUGGCUUUACUCCCUGAAUGGAAUAUUGACAUAGCCGUUUGGUUUAACUACGUUCCUGUUAAAUUGGAAGAAGCAACUCACUUGUUGAUCCACACCACUCCAAACAAUGGGUCUUCUGGUAUCGUAGAGAUUCAAAGAGCUACUGAAGGUGGUCAUUUGCAAGUGUUCUUUCAGUUCCAGAAAAAGAGAUUUUUAUGGCAUGAAGAGACGCAGGUUUUCUCUUCACCUAAGUUCCUAGUCGAUGGUUCUCCAAAGAUCGCAGAAUUCCAGAACAGCAAAGGUUUGAAUGGAGAUCUAACCCAUCAUAAGAGAUUAUACGGCGAGAAUUCCUUUGAUAUUCCCAUUCCAACUUUCCUUGAGUUGUUCAAAGAACAUGCGGUGGCACCUUUCUUCAUUUUUCAACUCUUUUGUGUUGCCUUGUGGUUGUUCGAUGAUCUAUGGUACUACUCCCUUUUCAAUUUGUUCAUGAUCGUCGCUAUGGAAGCCACUUCGGUGUUUCAACGUUUGACGACUUUGAAAGAGUUCAGAACUAUGGGUAUUAAGCCUUAUGCCAUCAACGUAUUCAGGGAUGGGAAAUGGGUUGAAAUGCAAACCGAUAAACUAUUCCCUAUGGAUUUGGUUUCAAUCACUAGAACUGCUGAAGAUAGUGCCAUUCCUUGUGAUCUAUUGCUAAUCGACGGUUCUUGUAUUGUCAAUGAAGCUAUGUUAUCUGGUGAAUCCACUCCUCUAUUGAAAGAAUCUAUAAAGUUACGUCCUGCCAAUGAUCAAUUGCAAUUGGAUGGUGUUGACAAAAAUGCCGUUCUACAUGGUGGUACUAAAGCCUUACAAGUGACGGCUCCAGAAAAUAGGACUGGUGUAAUUACACCACCAGAUGGUGGUGCAUUAGCUGUUGUCACUAAAACCGGUUUCGAAACAUCUCAAGGAUCUUUGGUUCGUGUUAUGAUUUUCUCAGCAGAACGUGUCGAUGUUGGUAACAAGGAAGCUCUUUACUUUAUUUUAUUUUUGCUAAUAUUUGCCAUCGUUGCUUCUUGGUAUGUCUGGAAAGAAGGUACCAGAAUGGGUAGAAUUCAAUCCAAGUUGAUCUUGGAUUGUAUUUUGAUCAUUACUUCCGUUGUCCCACCUGAAUUGCCUAUGGAAUUGACCAUGGCCGUCAACAGUUCUUUAGCGGCUUUAUCCAAAUUUUACGUUUACUGUACCGAACCUUUCAGAAUUCCAUAUGCUGGUAGAAUAGAUGUUUGUUGCUUUGAUAAGACUGGUACUUUGACUGCCGAAGACUUAGUCUUUGAGGGUCUGGCUGGUUUGCACGAUGGAUCAGAUAUUCGUACAUUGAAGUCAGCUAAUGAUGCCUCUCAAGAAGUUCUAUCUGCUAUCGGUGCUGCUCACGCAUUGGUAAAGUUGGAUGAUGGUGAAAUUGUAGGUGACCCAAUGGAAAAAGCUACUUUGAAGGCAUCCUCUUGGACUGUUGAUUUCAAAGAUGUCGUCAAGAGAGCUGGUGCAGAUAACAUUCGUAUCUUGCGUCGUUUCCAAUUUUCUUCUUCAUUAAAACGUUCUGCAUCUAUUGCUUCUCAAAGUAAUCGCUUUUUCGCAGCCGUUAAGGGUGCUCCAGAAACCAUCCGUGAGAGAUUGAACUCUGUUCCUAGUGACUAUGAUGACAUCUACAAGUCGUUCACUCGUUCUGGGUCGCGUGUCUUGGCCUUGGCUUAUAAAGAUCUACCUAAAAUGUCAAAUUCUCAAAUCGAUAAUAUUGAUCGUGACGAGAUUGAAACUGGCUUAACCUUCGGUGCAUUCUUAGUUUUCCACUGUCCUUUGAAGGAUGAUGCCAUUGAAACCAUUAAGAUGUUGAAUGAAUCUUCCCAUCGUUCUAUCAUGAUUACUGGUGAUAAUCCAUUAACUGCAGUUCACGUUGCUAAAGAAGUGGGCAUUGUUGAUCGCGAAACUUUGAUAUUGGACGAACCAAUUGAUGGUUCAUCUCAUGCCUUAGUCAUGCGAGAUGUAAACGAGACAAUUGUGAAACCCUUCAAUCCUGAUGCUGAUACUUUCGAUGAGAAGGAAAUUUUCCAAAAAUAUGAUUUGGCUGUGACUGGCCAUGCUUUGAAAUUACUUCAAGGCCACAAACAAUUAAGAGACGUCAUCAGACAUACAUGGAUUUAUGCUCGUGUUUCACCAAGUCAAAAAGAGUUUAUUUUAAUUACUUUGAAGGAUAUGGGAUAUCAGACUUUAAUGUGUGGUGAUGGUACUAAUGAUGUCGGUGCUUUAAAGCAAGCUCAUGUUGGUAUUGCCCUAUUAAAUGGUACUGAGGAUAGUUUGAAGAAAUUACAAGAACAGAGAAAGAUUGACAAUGUCAAAACUAUGUACGAAAAGCAAUGUUUGUUUAUGGAUAGAUGGAAUCAACCACAUCCACCGGUUCCCAUUGCAAUUGCGCACUUGUAUCCACCUGGCUCUAAUAAUCCUAACUAUUUGAAAGCCAUGGAGCAGAAAGGUGUUGAGAUCACUCCAGAAAUGCGUAAGCUAGCUAUGGAAGUUUCUUCCAAACCAGCUGUUGUGAAGAAGACCGAACCGUCUAAAAAAUCUGCAACUGACCUUGCUGAUAUGAUUUCGGGAAGUUUAGGUGAAAUGGAGGAUGAAGAUGCCCCAUCUUUGAAACUAGGAGAUGCUUCUUGUGCGGCUCCUUUUACCUCCAAAUUGGCAAAUGUCAACGCUGUGACCAAUAUUAUUCGUCAAGGUCGUUGUGCCUUGAUUAACACCAUUCAGAUGUACAAGAUCCUUGCUUUAAAUUGUUUGAUUAGUGCGUACUCUCUUUCUGUUAUUUACUUGGCUGGUGUUAAGUUUGGUGAUGGUCAAGCCACUGUUUCUGGUUUAUUGCUUUCUGUCUGUUUCCUAAGUAUAUCUCGCGGUAAACCCCUUGAAAAGCUAUCUAAGGAGAGGCCUCAACCAGGUAUUUUCAAUAUUUACAUUAUGGGAUCCAUUCUUGGUCAAUUUGCUGUCCAUAUCUUAACAUUGGUUUACAUCACAACUGAAAUUUACAAAAUCGAGCCAAGAGAACCUCAAGUCGACUUGGAAAAAGAAUUUGUACCAUCAUUAUUGAAUACAGGUAUUUUCAUGGUUCAAUUGGCCCAACAAGUGUCUACUUUUGUGGUCAACUACCAAGGUGAACCAUUCAGAGAAAAUAUCAAGAAUAACAAAGGUAUGUACUAUGGUAUUGUGGGUGUCUCUGUCUUAGCACUAUGUGGUUCAACAGAAUUUAUCCCUGAGCUAAAUGCUGCUAUGAAAUUUGUUCCAAUGGACGAUAUUUUCAAGAUGAAAUUAACAGGAACCUUGUUAUUAGAUUUCUUCGGAUCUUGGGCCUUUGAACUAUUCUUUAAAUAUUUCUUCAUGAAUAGCAAGGCCGCCGAUAUCGCAGAGCGCACUUAA